AUGUCCAGCUUGAGAGUCUCUCGAGCGGCCGUGGGUCUUUCGAGGCGCAUACCGAGACCCGCGACACGGGGACUCGCUCUGUCUGUUGGAUCUUCUAGGACUAUUGCAAACCAUUGCACGCCCAGCCAGGCCAAUGCCAUAUCAGUCCUGCCGACGGCCGUUGAUCCAUCCUCUGAGGAAUAUAAGGAAAAUGCUAGGCAAAUGGGCGAAGUCAUGUUCAAGCUAGACGAGCUCAUGAGCAAGAUCCACAAGGGAGGACCGCCCAAGGCAAGGGAGAAGCAUAUUGCCAGGAAGAAAAUGCUUCCCAGAGACCGAGUCGCAGCAUUGAUUGAUCCCGGUACUUCGUUUCUGGAGUUGUCGGCUCUUGCUGGCCAUGAGCUGUAUCCGGAGGCCGACGUACCUGCUGGUGGAAUCAUCACCGGAGUGGGAGUCAUUGAAGGUGUUACUUGCAUGAUUGUUGCAAAUGACAGUACUGUGAAGGGAGGCACAUAUUACCCCAUCACAGUAAAGAAGCAUUUGAGAGCCCAGGCCAUCGCGCAAGAGAACAAGCUCCCAUGCGUGUACCUGGUCGACUCUGGCGGAGCAAACCUCCCACACCAAGCAGACGUCUUUCCAGACCGCGAACACUUUGGCCGCAUCUUCUUCAACCAAGCUCGUAUGAGCUCAAUGGGUAUCCCCCAAAUAGCCGUUGUAAUGGGACCUUGCACCGCAGGCGGCGCCUACGUGCCAGCCAUGUCCGACGAAUCAAUCAUCGUGGACGGCCAAGGUCACAUCUUCCUUGCCGGCCCUCCUCUUGUGAAAGCCGCAACCGGCGAAGUUGUAUCAGCUGAAGACCUAGGCGGCGGAAAGAUGCACACCUCCGUCUCGGGCGUAACAGAUUACCUCGCCGUCGACGACGCACACGCCCUAAUCCUCGCUCGCCGCUCAAUCUCCAACCUGAACUGGCCCUCUAAACCCUUCCCCCCUCCCACAAGCUACGUUGAGCCCCUACACGACCCCGAAGAACUGAUCGGCAUUGCAAGCACCAAUCUCCGCAAACCACUCCCCAUCCAUGAAAUCAUCGCGAGAAUCGUAGACGGCAGCGAGUUCUCUGAAUUCAAGCGCGACUACGGCAACACGCUUGUGACCGGCUUCGCCCACAUCUACGGCCACAAAGUCGGCAUCGUCGCCAACAACGGCAUUCUAUUCUCCGCCUCCUCGCUGAAAGGCGCGCACUUCAUCGAGCUCUGCUCACAGCGCAACAUCCCUCUCAUCUUCCUGCAAAACAUCUCGGGGUUCAUGGUCGGCACCGACGCCGAGCGCGAAGGCAUCGCCAAGAACGGCGCAAAGCUCGUCACAGCAGUAGCCUGUGCCAACGUGCCGAAAUUUACCGUCGUCGUGGGAGCCAGCAACGGAGCGGGGAACUACGGGAUGUGUGGGCGGGCCUACAGUCCUAGGUUCAUGUGGAUGUGGCCGAAUGCCAAGAUUGGGGUUAUGGGUGGUGAGCAGCUGAGUGCGGUUAUGGAGACGGUGGGCAAGAGCGUGGAUCCGGAACUGAAGGCAAGGAUCGAGCGGGAGAGUGAGGCUGUUUUCUCGUCCGCUAGGCUAUGGGACGAUGGUGUGAUCCCACCCAGCCACACCCGACGCGUGCUAGGGCUGAGCCUAAUGGCAGCACUGGGCGGGAAAAACGAACCGGAGCCGACCAGAUUCGGCGUCUUCAGAAUGUAG